AUGGCGUCAUCAACCCCGCAGCCAAGUAAAGGCGAGGGCACCAGCGAAGGAGGCCAAAGUCGACGCCUUGGAGAUGAUCGUGUGCCGUACCAAGAAGACCCUUCAGAUAACGAACAGGGAAGAAAUAAUACUAGACAACGAGGACCACCCAGGCGCCAUCAUAAGAAACCUCCGAGACAGCGACGAGCAUACUCUACUGACGACUACUAUGUCGAUUACGCUGCCGAUUUCCAAUCUAGUUUUCCUCAAGCCCCGUACGAACCUGGACCCCGAUUCGGUGACCUUUACCGUCAAGAAACUGAACCUUACCAACAAGACGCAAGCCCAUGGUAUCCUCCACCAAGCCCCGGGGGGCCUUCUACCUAUCCUGCCAAUUAUUCUGGUUCAUACUCUUACCCCUCUGACACUUACAGUUACUUCUCCGGCACUUCCCCUGCGAUGCCACCGUACUCACAAUCAGGACUGUACAGUCGAGUUCCAAAUAGCCAGCCGCCUAUGGAGUUUGACCAAGACUACACCACAGCCCCUACCUUCGAAUCUCCACCUGCUAUACCUCCGUAUCCCCAGUACCCCACUCGAGCACCAAGGCGACCACCCCCUCAACCCUUGGCCCCUAGACAGCCAGCCUCCAGUCCAGAAUAUACCAUGAGGGGUGCGAUACGAGAGAUCCCUGAGCGACUUCCGAAAAAGAAACCAUCAAGUCGAAGGAAAGAUAGCACCUCGUCGUCAAGUGAUCAGAGAACUAUGCUGGUCAUGGGUCAAGUCUUGGAAGGACUGAAUGGUCUUCAAAGACAGCUCGAGGACAGAUCGUCCGAAGUCAGAUCUGAUCCAGGCAGGUUUUGGUCAGCUCAUCGGCCAAGGAGUGUAUCAACCACGAGCCAAUAUGCCAUGGAAGAGACAAGAUCACUCGACGCUGAGAGGCAAGAACGAGAUCACUUAGUGGGUAUUAUCGAUCGACUACUCGAAGACAGAGAGAGACAAGGGUAUCGAAACCCCUAUUUACAUUCGCAGAGAAGGGACAUAGCCGCCCUAAUUGAGGACAGCCUCGGGUUGAAUGAGAGCGAAAUGAACCGGGCGUUAGUCAGGCAUAGCGACAGCAAGGAAAUCGAAUCCAAGCUCGAUACUAUUCUGGAUCUUCUAGUCGAACGCAGAUCGAAUAUUAGCCAGGCACCGAGACCGUUCUUACAAAAUUAUCACGGGCAGAGACAAAAUUACCAAGUCCCAAGAGGAGAUCAAACAGUCAUCUCUAUCAGCUCAUCUCGAGAGCCCAACAUGCGAAGACAUGUCUUGCAACGUCGUGCAUCUGUGGCUCAGCCCGCGGCCACAGAACGACAAUAUGUCCAGCACCAUACAACACAUUCAUCAAACCAGGCUCGUAUUCGAUUGAGGGCCGGCAAGUCAGCCGAGCCCGCAGUAGAAGAUUCAGACGGUGAGCUAGACGAAGACUACGAUCUGUUUCAAGGCUACGAGACACAAGACAAUCCUAUCCAAGAGGAUCUUCGAGCCAGACGCCUGGGUCUAGCACGAGAUAUGGAAGACGACAACGUUCGAAGUGGAGUAGUACCAGAACGACAACACAGCAGCAACAUACGAAGUAUUAGUAGGAGACUAUCGGAAGGCGGCGAACAAAGAAUGAGACCGAGAUAUUAUGCGACUGUUGAGAAUGCGGAAGACGAUGAUGACGACGGCGAUGAUCAGGUACCAAUUCCAACUCGUUCCUCGGUAGCGCAUAGACCAAAGGUCGAGCAAGGAGAGAAACAAGUACAUCAUGUUCCUGAUCCGCCUGUUUCUGUUACUGGGCCGAGGAGAAGGGGUGCAAGGGUAAGGUUUGAUAGUGCUUGA